AUGGAGGCUGAGCUGCAGCAUGUUAUGCCCAACCGGAACCCCCUGGUGAGGGAAUCAAUCAAGCAGGUGGACGCAGACACAUGGCUCAUCGGUCCACUUCAACUCCACCGUUUGAAAGGCUAUCACGACAUCUCUACCUGGUACGAUCAAGAAGAUUAUUCAAGUGAGACUGUCCCCGAUGCGCUUAUCCCCCCGCCACCCGCCGAACUGUUGACCGACCCCAAAAUCAGAUUAGUCUAUGAUGUCGGCGAUAGCUCUGCGGUAUGGUCUAAAGGAAACAGUCGCUUUUGCAAGCUCAGGCUCCGCGUGCUUGGUGUAACACAAGAGGCUGCAACAAUAGCAUUCGUCGAUAGGUAG